AAGCAAUCAAGUCUCUGAACAAGCUAUAGUUAAAGUAUUUACCUAAUUACCAAGAACAGCUCACCAGUCUGUCCACAUUUACUUCAGAACCGCUUGGGGAGCUUUGUGAAAAUACAGAUUCCUAGGUCGCGCCCUCGAGGGGCCUGGAACUCUGCCCUUAGUUCCCCCAGAUGAGCCAGUUGCGUGGCACACUGGACCGGAGCCCAAACUGGCUCCUCGGGCCAGGUCUGUGUCUGAUGGCUUUUAUGAAAAAAUAUCUCCCCCCCAUUCUGGGGAUCUUCUUGGCCUACCACUACUAUUCUGCAAAUGAGGAAUUCAGACCAGAGAUGCUCCAAGGAAAGAAAGUGAUUGUCACAGGGGCCAGCAAGGGUAUUGGAGAACAGAUGGCCUAUCAUCUGGCAAAGAUGGGAGCCCAUGUGGUGGUGACAGCAAGGUCUAAAGAAACUCUAAAGAAGAUAGUAUCCCAUUGCCAGGAGCUUGGAGCAGCCUCAGCACACUACAUUGCUGGCACCAUGGAGAACAUGACCUUCGCAGAGCAAUUUGUUGCCAAAGCUGGAAAACUAAUGGGGGGAAUAGACAUGCUUAUUCUCAACCACAUCACCAACGCUUCUAUGAGUCUGUUUAGUGGUGAUAUUCACCUGGUGCGCAGAAGUAUGGACGUCAACUUCCUCAGUUACGUGGUCCUGAGUACUACAGCCUUGCCCAUGCUGAAGCAGAGCAACGGAAGCAUUGUUGUCGUUUCCUCUAAGGCUGGGAAAAUGGCUAGUCCACUUAUUGCGCCCUACUCUGCAAGCAAGUUUGCCCUGGAUGGGUUUUUCUCCUCCCUCAGGAUGGAACAUUCAGUGGCCAAGAUCAAUGUGUCAAUCACUCUCUGUAUCCUUGGCCUCAUAAACACAGACACAGCCAUGAAGGCCGUUUCUGGGAUACUCAACAUAGAGGCAUCUCCAAAGGAAGACUGUGCCCUGGAGAUCAUCAAAGGGGGAGCUCUGCGCCAAGAGGAAGUGUACUAUGACAACUCAGUCUGGACAGCUCUCUUGCUGGGAAAUCCAGGGAGGAAGGUCCUGGAAUUCCUAUCCUUAAGAAGUUAUAGUUUGGACAAAUUUAUAAUCAACUAAGCACUUCCUGAAGGUGGAGCAUGGUAAGGGAGCUUGGGCCUGUUCUUCCUGAUAUUUAUCUGAGCUCCAUCCAUGAAGGCAUCUCCCUGGAGACAUAAAUGAGGGUCCCCAGAGAGUUGCAAGUCAUAUAUCACAUCUCACAGUUUGAAGGAGUUCCUCUAACACUUGCACAGUGGAAAUGUAAUUAUAAUGAAUGUCAUGAGCCACCACAACCUGCCGUCAUAAAACUGAUAACUGUAGGUAUAAUUAAAAGUUAGUUCUAUCAAGUUUACCUCAUAUGUAAUAAUAUUAUGAUAAUUAAUACAUUAAUUAUAAUAAAGGUCAUAUCCACUUUAUAAAUUCAUAAUA